AGAGAAGGCACUGCUAUAACUGCCAGGCAGGACACAUCCAUAUCUCAGUCUGCCUCACAGAAAGAGAGACAGUGGACAGUAUCUCAACUAAAACCAACUACACUUCAGAGAACACAAAGAAAUGAGAGCAACCAUCAGACUGAUACGAAAGGAAAAACCUUUUUAGAAUUGUUACGUUUUUGUACAAGGAAUUCCAAACAGACUUCAAUUCCCAAAAAACAAGGAGUGCAUGUUGUGUUAGUCAAAGGCAACCAAAAGAAGAGGACUGCUUGAGUCACACUAUCAGAUCAAGAUGAGCAUGAACGGCACACUGGAGAAAGGGGCUCAUCACCAGGCCCUCGACCUCUCUGAAGAGCUCCCAACCAACAGCCAUCAUCACCACCACCAUCACAAUCACACCGGGCUCCAGCACACAAACUCCUUGGCCUCCACUCUGCCGGCCGGGACCCCAGUAGGUGGGUCUGGAGUGGUUGUACCGCCACCGUACUCCGCCGCGGAGGCUGGGGGAGGUGAUGCUCCGCUGGAGCUCCGGGGGUCUCUGGACUGCUGGGCGUGCUCAGUGCUGGUGACAGCGCAGAACCUGCUGAUCGCGGCCAUCAACGCCUGCCUGGCCGGGUUGGUUUUCGGGCUCAUCCUAACUCCUGCUAUCGUCAUGGUGGUGUUCGGCUUCAUCUGUCAUUCAACGGUGCGCCCGCACAGUUCGUCGCCAUAUUGCUCGGAUCUACUGACGGACGGUGGCUGCGUGGCUCUGCUGGUUGUGGGUUUCUUGCUAGUGACUCCACUCCUGGUUCUGGCCUUGGCUGCGUACUGCCGGCUUGCUCGUCACCUUCAGCUUGGUCUGUGCUUUAUUCCAUACAGUCGUGCCGUCUACAAGAACCUUCCAGCUACCCAUCACCGUGGCUUGACAGGGGGCUGCUGUGGACAGCGAUCUGUGAAAGGAGAUGGGAAGGGAAAGGUGUGGGUGUAAAGGGAAAAGACUACACUUCUGUUGUAUUGGAAAUGUGAAACGUUGUGAAAGAACACACUACACAUUAUAGACCAAAAAAACCCCUCACUAAAUAUUUCAAUGUAUAUGAAAGACAAAAAGAGGCAAGGAUUACCUAUUUACUUUUUUUUAAUAGCCAAAUACACAAUGUUCAUCAAUUUCUGAUGCCUAUAUAUUUAAUGCAACUGUUGUAGCACAAUAAAUUUUAAUUAGUCAAUUUCAGUACUCGCCAUAAUAUAAUCAAAUACCCAAAACUGAUGUGUAUGUACUCUUUGUAUUACAAACACUUCCUUAAAUAUAGUUAUCACAUUUUUAAAACCUCGUCAAAAAUAAUGGGUUUUUUUUUAAUAACAUGUACAGUGUUGUGUAUUUCCAUUUUCUUUAAAUGUUAGGCCUAUAUAAAAAGCAUUAAAUACUGUAUUUACACAGAACUGAUGGGCUGCACUUAAUUUCUUAUGGAUUCAUUUUAAAAAAUAUUACAUUUACUGAUAAGCGCUAUUCUGAGGGUGAUUGUUUCUCACCAGGACACUUACAGACUGCGUAUUUAUUACUGAAGAUGAAAAAAAAUACUGUAUUUACAAGACCAAUAUUUCAUAACUGCUCCACCACAGCUAGAACAAAAAGAGACAAACAAUCAAGUGACUGGCCACGUGAGAAGUGCAUUCGUAGGAUCAUAGAACUCAGAACAGCUUCUCCUGUGAAUAGAUCCAUUCCGAAUCCCUAAGUCUUAUCACUAAGGUGCCAAACGAGAAACAUCUGAAUAGGACUAAAGUCAAAAAGCCGGAGUGUCAAGACAUACUGCAGAAGUUAUGUUACUGACAUUAAAAACAGAGACAACCAAGCCGCUUAACUACAGUUUAUGGAAAGCAUGUAAUCACUCCAGCUCUCAAACAUAAUAUGGUACAGGAGUUAAACAUUUUCAAAAUAAUGUACUUCUACAUAGAAGAAAAAAAAAAAAAAACCAUCAGUUUGGGAUUAGAAGGCAAAAAGCAGCACAUAGCCCCCUCUAGUGUUAGAAGCAAGCUGUUCAGAAAGUCCUAAACAAACACACACAAAAAAACAGACAAAUAAUAACAUCAAUAAUAAUAAGGGGCGCAAAAUUGCUAAUUAAUAUUCCUACAUUUAUAACAGGUUAACGCAAAAUGGAACUAAUUGUAUUACCUAUGCGUUAAGGAGAAAUAUACAAGAACAACUAUAACCAAACACGACAGAAUACCGCUAAAAGAAGUUUGCAAUAACAAUUACUCUAAAUAAAUACGUACUUCUAUUUUUAAUUAAAACCAAACGCUAUUCUAGUCUACGAUCGUGCAGGCCUGUGAUAAAUCGCACCCUGAGCCCCCGCAGCGCCGGCUUUGACCGACUUGUCCGACAGAGGUCUGCCUCGGCAUUAAUGCGCUUCCAGGCCCGCGGACACCCUUCUAAAAGCAAAAAGACGAUGGGACCAAGCACCUUGUGGACACGCGCAUGCUGCGACCAUGUGAAAACUUUUAUGCCAUCUAAUUGGCCUGGAGUCUACAGUCUACUUCUUCACAAUUCCGCGCUUGCAGGGUCAAAAGAGGCAUUUAUGUCCGUUUGAUGCUAGCUGUGCAUUAUAGCUCUCUACUUGAUUUUCCCUUCUAUUUUUAUUAUUCUUAAUACUAGUUAGUAUUAUUAUUGAUGUAAUGCCGCGUUUUCUAUUUCCUUUGCAUUAUUAACGUGAUGGUGUAAAAUUACUUUGUAUAAUAUUCCGUGGGAAACGCAUAUUAAACAAGAGAUGACUCAGA